AAGAGAACAUUCUUUUACUUAUUUUGUUCUAUGACAUGGAUGUCAGGAUUGUCAGGAGGUCAAAUGGUAUUAAAUUAAUUGUUUAUUCAGUUUCAGCCCUUUCAGCUGUGAACAGUGUGAACUGAUUUGUGGUUCAUUUCAUAGAAAACCCAUAUAGUUUACGAAGUAAAUAAAUUAUUCUUUGUUUUUGUUGUCCCGUAGUUGAGUUUUAUUGAAAUUUUAAAAUGUGGAAAAUUUUUAUUGUUGAAAGUGAUGUAUAUAUAUUGAAAAUUAUUAACAAUGAUGGUAUUUACAAAAUUUCUGUAUCAGACUUAAAGGAAGUUUGGACCAAGGAUUUUUCAAUAGAUGAUAUUAUUACAGAAUUUAAGAAAUGUAAUCCAAAUAUUGUUGUAGAAACUGAAGAGGCAGUUUCUCAAACACUGAAAAUUUUUAAUGAAAUGGAUAAUGCUUUAGUGCAAAUCAACAGAACCGAAGAUAAAAUUGAUUUAGAAGUGAAAUCAGAAGUUAUUGGGAUAAGUGAUUCUAAGUUUAAACUAAAAUAUCAGUUAAGUCUUUUUAAGGAAGAUAUAAGCAAGUUUGCAGAAGAGGUUACGGCUCCCAUGAUUCAUACAAUAAACUACUUAGAAAAACAACAAAAAAUGCUAUGUGAUUUAAUUAAAAAGAAAGAUAGGGAACUAGAGGAAUACAAAAUGGAGAAAGGACUUAUUUCUAGAACUGAUUUAAUAACAGAAAAGUUUGACUCAAAUAUCUUGAAAAAUCCAAGCGAUAAACUUAUGUUAGACACAUGCGGUGAGUCGAGCAAGUUUUGGGAAGGUUUCAUUGACAAAUAUGGGGAUGUAGAAGCAAAGGUUAUGGAAGUCAAAGUGGAUCCUUGGAAUCAAGUUAAAAGGAAAAGGAAAACGUACAAUGCCAAAACAUCUGCAAAAAAAUUUGUAGCUGGUAUUACGUAUAAAAAAGAAUAAUAUAUAUUUAAUAUUGA